GUGACUGCCAGGACCCAACGCCCCAUGAUGCACAGCGUUUGUGACAAGACCACACCCACUUUCAGUGUGUAGAGGAAGUUGCAUCGUCAGCAUGUCCUCUUACCCUCAGUCAGUGCCUCAGGGUCGGAGGGCUGUGGAUGCUCGUCACCUUUCUAGUCCCACCACCCUUCCUCUGCAGCUGAGAGCCCAUACGGAUGUUGGUGGACUGGUGGACUACCAUCCUCACGCUCGGGACUAUGGUUCCCAUCUGUCCCAUGGAUCCCUGGCCCAGCCUCACCGCCGCAGACCAUCCCUUCUCUCUGAAUUUCAGCCAGGCAGUGAAAGAGGUCAAGAGCCCCACAUCCGAUAUGAACACAUUUACCUACAGGAUCCCGGCAGCCAAUCAGAAGUGGAAUACUCUGAGAUGAAGCGUCCUCGCUUGGAAAUGGGGACAGAGUCUCUUAUUCGUCACUCAUCUCAUCGUCAGCCCCUCACCGUGGGUGGAGCUGAGGAAAUGGCAAAGCAACAGCUAGAGGAAGAAGCUGCGAAACCCCAGGAGCCAGAGCGCACCAUCUCCCCUCCACCCAGUGAAGCCAAACCCCGCAGCCUUGUCCAGAUCAUCUAUGAUGAAAACAGGAAAAAGGCAGAGGAGGCUCAUCGCAUCCUGGAGGGACUCGGUCCCCGAGUAGAGCUGCCUUUGUAUAACCAGCCGUCUGAUACCAAGCAGUACCAUGAGAACAUCAAGAUAAAUCAGGCAAUGAGGAAGAAGCUUAUUCUGUAUUUCAAAAGAAGAAAUCAUGCUCGCAAACAGUGGGAACAGAAAUUCUGCCAGCGCUACGACCAGCUAAUGGAGGCCUGGGAGAAGAAAGUUGAGCGCAUCGAGAAUAACCCGCGCCGCAGAGCCAAAGAGAGCAAAGUGCGGGAGUAUUACGAAAAACAGUUUCCUGAGAUCCGCAAACAGAGGGAGCUGCAGGAGCGCAUGCAGAAUAGAGUGGCUCAGCGAGGUGGGGGUUUGGCCUCAGCAGCCCGCAGCGAACAUGAGGUUUCUGAGAUCAUCGAUGGCAUCUCAGAGCAAGAGAACUCAGAGAAGCAGAUGCGUCAGUUAGCUGUGAUUCCUCCCAUGCUGUUUGAUGCCGAGCAGCAGAGGAUAAAGUUCAUCAACAUGAACGGGCUGAUAGACGAUCCCAUGAAGGUCUACAAAGACAGACAGGUCAUGAACAUGUGGAGUGAACAGGAGAAGGACACUUUCCGUGAGAAGUUUAUCCAGCACCCAAAAAACUUUGCCCUGAUAGCCUCCUUUCUGGAGAGAAAGACAGUGGCUGAGUGUGUCCUGUUCUACUACCUGACUAAGAAGAAUGAGAACUACAAGAACAUUGUUCGCAGGAGCUACCGUCGCCGAGGCAGGAGCCAGAAUAACCAACAAGCACAGCAACAGGUGAACCGCAACAAUCAGGAAGAGAAAGACGACAAGGAGAAAGAAAAGGAGGGAGACCGUGAGGAGGAAAAAGUAGAGGGAGAUGAGAAAGAGGACGGCAUGAAAGAUGACACCUCUGGUGAGGACGGGGAGGAGAAAGAGCCUCCUGCAACCGCUAAAGGCCGGCGCACCGCAAACAGCCGCGGUCACCGGAAAGGACGAGUCACUCGCUCUAUGACCAACGAGCAGGAAGAGAACACUUCACCGCUAAGCACUGAGCUGGCUAAUCUGGAGAUGAAUGAAAGUUCUCGCUGGACUGAAGAGGAGAUGGAGACCGCAAAGAAAGGUCUGCUCCAGUAUGGCAGAAAUUGGUCCGCUAUCGCCAAGAUGGUGGGCUCCAAAACAGUCUCCCAGUGCAAGAACUUCUACUUUAACUACAAGAAGAGACAGAAACUGGAUGAGAUUCUGCAACAGCAUAAAAUAAAAUCGGAGAAAGAGCGUAAGGCCAGACGUAAAGGUAAAGCUCUUCAGAACGAGGAGGCCAGCGCUCCAUCUGCUGCAGAGGACGAGGAGAUGGAGGGAUCGGGAGUCAGCGGCAAUGAGGAGGAGGCUCAGGAUGACGGAGAGGGUGGAGCCAAUAACAGCUCAGACACCGAGAGCCUCCCUUCCCCACGCUCCUCAGAUGACAGCAAGGUCAAAGAAGAGGGCUCCGGACGGCCUAAAACUGCACCCAACGCCACUUCCUCCUCGUCCUCCACGGACAAGGACAUGGCAGCUACUGAGAUGGGGCCGGAUGAAAUGCCAAAAGUGGAGAAAGGAGAGGUGGAACCGAGAGGAGUGAAGCAGGAGGUAAAGAUCGAACCGGGGGAGUGUUGUAAGGAAGCAGCAGGAGAAGAUAAGAAGCCUCCUGCCCUGGAGGUGGAGGAGGGCAAGAAAGAGGUCAAAAAGAAAGAGCAUGGAGGAAAGAGCGGAGCUCAAGACAGCGACUCCAGCGCCACAUGCAGCGCCGAUGAGGUGGAGGAGACGGAAAGCUCAGACAAAAACAGGCCGAGUUUGUUGAGUUUCGCCCAUGAUGGAGUGAUCGCUUCUCCACUUCAGAAACCGCUGGACCUCAAACAGCUCAAGCAGAGAGCAGCCGCUAUACCUCCCAUAAUGCCAGAGAUGUCGGUAGCAGGACGCAAUAACCGGCCCAGGUUGCUGGGGAAGCAGCAGGCUAUGCCCCACGCUCUUGCAUUGUACCAGCAGCAGAUUACCAUGGCACAUGAAUCUUCCCAGGAGGCCAAACAGCAACAAUCACAGCCAGCCAAAUCUCAGCAUAACACAGGGGGCGGAGACUCAAGCAGCCCACGGGUCAGGACUCGCAGCCCUGGUGUCUCUGAGAGAGAGAGAGAAGAGCUGGAGGGGAACGAGAGAUGGCUUCAGGCUCUGCUACAUGGAUUACAUAAAUCUCGAGCAUUCUCUCCUCUUGCGGAUGGUAAAAAGAUUCCCGGGGCUGAUGACGUUCGGGCUGUAGGUCUAGGCCGGCCAGUGAUGUCACCGUACCAGCUCUCUCCCAGAGACAUGGCCAAACUCAGCCAUGAACAGCUGCUACACUACAAUCCCUCAUUGGCUCCCACUCUACAGCCACAGGAGAGAAUGGCUGCAGUGCGGCCUCUCCAUAUCCCAGAACCCCCUCCUCUCAUCUCCUCUGCCAAACCUGGUGGUUCCAUCACGCAGGGUACUCCGGUGCAAUUGCACAACCCUUCUCAUGGCUCCGACCAUGGGAAAAUCCCAGCACCAGGAUCCCUGGCUCUCUCCUGGAUGGACCAGAGGAAAAUGGGAGGGUUUCCAGUGGUUAAACAGGAGCAGUUGUCUCCACGCGGGGCCGCCUCCUCUCAGACUGAGAAUCUCUCCUCACAGGACAGCGCUACGUCACGGGGCCCCAUGCCAGCUGUUCAGGGUGGCAGCAUCACGAAGGGCAUCCCUGGCACACGUGUGCACCAAGAACCUUCCAUAUCAUAUCGAGGAGGUUCAAUCACUCAGGGCACUCCUGCAGAUGUCUUGUAUAAGGGCACAAUAACCCGUCUGAUCACUGAGGACAGCCCCAGCAGAGAGAGAAGCAGAGAAGACACUCCUUCUAAGGGGCACGUAGUCUACGAGGGCAUCAGUGGACACAUCCUCUCCUUUGACCGGGGUCCAAAUUCUAAGGAAGAGGGUCGUGGAGACAUGGCUGGGCUGAAGAGGACCUAUGAGAUGAUGGAGGUUGGCAUUUCUCGUGUGCCACCCAUCAGAGACUCACUAUCUGCCACUGAAGGCUUGAUCAGUCGAGCAAUGCCUCACGAGCGUGAUAGUCCUCAUCUACACCACAUCCGUGGAUCCAUAUCCCAAGGAAUCCCGCGGGAUGACUGUCAGCGCCGGGAGGUUAAACAGAUGAAAAGAGAGGGUUCCCCAUCACCCCGUGGCCCUGGUCAUCCCACUGACACUCUUAAAUCACGUUCUCACGAGAGUAUAGUGACCACCGUCAAAGAGGGAGGACGCUCCAUCCACCUGAUCCCUCCUGAGGGGGUUGUGAUAGGCAAGCCUAAGGAGGGCUCAAUCACCCAGGGCACCCCUCUGAAACAAGAGCCUGUUGGCUCAUCCAAGCGCCAUGAUGUGCGGUCCAUCAUCGCCAGCUCUCCUCGGCCUUACUCUGGAAUGUCCUCUCAUCUAGAGCUCAGGCCCGAGCACAGAGGGUCUGACAGGACCCGAUAUGAGGAGGUAGGGUGCAAAUCACGACCCAGCGCUGUGGUCAGCACCCCCGGUUCUCUGUCCCGUACUUCUCCAUUGGCACUUAGUGGAGAGCAGAGCAGCAGACCCCACCACAGUCCAGUGGGCUAUGAAGAUCACAAAAGAUCCGGCUACCCUCCGCCCUCGCACAGAGCCUCUCCACUGUCCGGCAGAGAAACCUCACAGCGUGCACAUGAAGGCUCUAGUAAGGCCCAGCAGCAGGAGAGAAAAGCCACUCCCACCCCUCGAGAGGUGAGCUCCACUAAGUCUCCACUGGCAGUUGGUGAGCACACUGCGUCUUUGGCCUACGAGAGGAUCCUGCAGGGGCUGGGAACGGAUAUGUACCGUGGCCAGAUACCUCUACCAUUUGACCCUGCAACUCUGCCCAGGGGAAUCCCGAUUGAGCCAGCGUAUUACCUGCCCCGUCACCUGCCCCCUGGCCCUGGCUACCCUCACCACUACUCACCCUACCUGAUCAGAGGUUUCCCUGAAACAGCAGCCCUGGAGAACAGACAAACGCUCUUCAACGACUACAUUACCUCCCAGCAGAUGCACCAGUGGCCAGCCGCUGCUGCCAUGGCUGCCCAGAGACCCGACCUGCUCAGAGGCCUAACACCUCGAGAGCAGUCUCUUAACUUAGCCUACUCACCUACACCCAGAGGAACAUCUGCCUCUCCCAUGGAUCGUAUCACAUACAUCCCAGGAACCUCUCCAGCUUUUCCCAGCGGAGCCUACAACACAUCUCCCAUCUCACCAGUGGGAGCCUCUCACAUGAGCAAGAUCCAAGGCAGUUCGACGUCCUCAGAGAGAGAAAGAGAACGGGAGAGGGAGAGAGAGAGGGAAAGAGAGCGGGAUCGUGAGAGAGAGCGAGAGCGGGAUCGAGAGAGGGACAGGGAACGAGACCGAGAGCGAGAGCGUGAGAAAGACAGGGACAGAGAAAGAGACAAGUCCCUCGGUCAUGGUAACGUGGAACAUGCCCCUAUAUGGAGACCAGGAGCACCAGAACAGGUGGGUGGCAGCAGCAGUUCUCGUCCCCAAUCUCAUCCAUACAGUCACCAGUCGUCUCCGCUCUCCCCUCGUCCCCAGGACAGCCUGCAGCAGAGACCUAGUGUUCUGCACAACACCAGCUCAAAGAGCCUGCCCAAUUCUGAGCACAACAGUCCCUCUGUGCUGCGGCCACCAGGAUCUGCUCGCUACCAGGGCUUCAGUGGGCACCUUCGGUCUGGUCUAGCCAAUGAGGGUUACCCAUCCGGUACAGACUCAAACGCUAAAGAUUCAAAUAGAGAUGGGGGCAAAAGCCAUGGGCGUGGAGGUCUGCCCAAACAUCAGGACCUUUCAUCCUCUUCCAAGUCUGACCCCAAGCUGGCCAGCCCUGGUGCCGGUGGGUCAUACCCCUCUCCGUACAGCCAGGCCCCUGGUGCCCACCUCGGUCUGCCCACAAGUCGAGGGCACCCCUUGCUGGCUUCCGAAAACAACAGCGGCAGCGGUUCCAUCCCGUCCCGCGGUGGGGAUGGCAUCAGCAGCGCGUCAAGUAGGGAAAAGACUCAAAACAAAGUGAUGUCCAUACAGGAACACGAACUUCGAGCACUCGGUAAGACCACCAUGACAGCGGCCAACUUCAUAAACGCGAUAAUCAUGCAUCAAAUUUCUUGUGAUGCGGCGAUGCCAGAGACUGGUGCGCUCGCGACCAACGGCACCUGUGAUGGUAUCUCUGCAGCUCACCAAAAGGCACUAGAACAGCUGUACGGGUCUGAGGACAGACUUUCUCCAGGUCAGCAGCCGCCUUCUGCUGUCAAAGGCUCUCAGAGAGUGGUCACUCUCGCCCAGCACAUCAGUGAGGUGAUCACUAAAGACUACACGCUCCAGUCGCAGCAAGGCCAGAUAGGGGGUCAAUCAUCUCUACAGCCUGUGUUUGGAUAUCACAGCUCCCCUGUGCUGGAUCUCACUCGUCCUCCCAGCGCCCCCCAAGCCCAGACCCCCACAGACCCCAACGCCCGCUACACCCCAGAAGGCGCUGCUGCUGAGAGGGAGAGAGGGAGAGACAGGUCUCCUCCUCAGAGUAAGGCCUCUCCAGUGAGUCUGGCUGCUGAUGGGAUUGAACCUGUUUCACCACCAGGGGCCAUUUCGGAGCCGGAGACACCAGGAGCUGCCUACCCUAAUGAACAAGCAGAGCAGGGUAUGGGAUCUCGUUCACCAGCUAGUAGCUCCCAACCACCAGCCUUCUUCAGUAAACUGACUGAGAGCAACUCCGCUAUUGUCAAGAGCAAGAAGGAAAUGAUUAAGAAGAUGGUGGUCGGCACAGAGGCUGAAUUCAACCAGGGCCAACCUGGGACAGAAAUCUUUAACAUGCCCGCCUCUACAAAUGCAGGACCCGUGAGCGUGCGCAGUCACCCGGCACCAGAGGCCAGCGGUAAUACUAUAGGUCUGGAGGCCAUCAUCAGGAAAGCCCUCAUGGGAAAGUAUGAUGAACAGAUGGACGAUCGCUCACCGUCCAACUCUGUCAACUCGAUGAGUGUUGGCGUGCCAGCUGCUGUCGGGCCGCCAGCUUCAGCGGAUGGGCGUUCUGAAGACCCCUACUCCUUGCCAGUUAAAUCCAAAGGAGGGCGCUCUAAUGGUCGCAAGACUAAGUCUCCUGGUCCUGGUCUGUCUGGAGGAGAGAGACCUUCAUCUGUGUCCUCUGUCCACUCUGAGGGAGACUGUAACCGUCACACCCCACUCACCAACAGAGUGUGGGAGGACAGACCCUCAUCUACAGGCCCCACUCCAUUCCCCUGUAACCCCCUGACCAUGCAGAUGCGUCUCCCCAGCGGGAUGAUGUCAGGACCCUCACCUUCCCCAACGCAGCAGGGCACAUCGGCGCCUCCACAGGGCCAGACCCAACCCCGCACCUGGGAGGAAGAACCCAAACCUCUGCUGUGCUCUCAAUACGAGACCCUGUCAGACAGCGAGUGAACACACACCUCACGCCGCAUACACUAGGACUGAACGUUUGCUGCUUAUGAACAGAAACUUGUUACUGUAAACAGGGAUGUUCGUGAACACACACGUACUCGUGUCCAUACUGACAUACGGGAACACACACACGUCCAUCUGCGCUCAUGCCCUCUGAUACCUCUACACACAUAUUCAUACAUAGACAUACAUCCCAUAACCCACCCAAGCGCGCACACUCAAGCCAUCAGUGGAAGUGCAUUACAUGGCUACAGACGUGUGUUGAUGUGUCAGUGUGUUUGUGAAUGUGUGCGUCACUCCAGGACUACUUGUAGGAUGAAUCACUUUUUAGGUUUUAUAUAUAUAUAUAUAUAUAUAUAUAUACUUCUAUUCGUGUCGUCUUGCAGGCCUUAUCAGAGUUGACUCAUCUGUUUUGUUUGAAGCGUUUUGGAGCAUUCCUCAUUAGACUGCUCAGGACACACACUCUUAUACUGUAAUACAACUGCAAAUUGUUUGUUUUGUGUGUGUGUGUGUGGUGUAAUGCAAAGGCUGGAUGAAUCCUCUGCAGAAAUAAGCACCCACACACACACACACGCGUAUACCCUCUGAGUUCUCAUGUGCAUCUGCAGUCCUUCAUGAUGGUUCAUGUGUUGCCAAGAUGACCCUGUUAUUUUUUUUAUGGAUCUGAUGCUGUUGGGCCAUCCGAGUAUGUGUGUGAUGAAACAAGACCUUCAGAGAGGCAGGUUGGCUGAUCCCUGUGCUAAACUCUACUGGGUUUGAAGCAGAUUUAAUUUGAUCCUGUAACAUUCUGUCCUUACCAUGCUACUUCUGAGAGUUUACAUGGGCAGCCAAAUCAUUGGUUUACAGGGUACACAUAAUGUUCAUUUGUUAACAUCAAACCUUCAUUUUUUGCUUUAGUUUUGACACUCAGAAGUGACUCUAGCUGACCAAUAAUAUGUUGUCUUUUCCGUCAUCUCUCUUUGAUAGUAGAUGUGCGAGAUGUUUUUAGUUUCGAACUUUAUGUACAUGAACCUUUGCAUGUUUUUUUUUUGUAAUGAGUUAAGCACUUAGUCGGCAAACGGUUCCUGUCAGUGUCCUUCAACGGAUGCCGACCUGAAUGCAACAUUUUACACAGCAUUUAUUUUCGUUUUUCUUAUACAGUGUUUUGUUGAUUUGUUUCGUCACCUACCUUGUCAAGUGUUCCACUCUCUAGCGACAAUCACUGGCAGAGAGUUGAGCGAGUGGACGCAUCUUUAGGGGAAGCUGCUUUAUCAGGUCUGAAUGUCCCAGCAGACCUGAUGUUUUUCACGUCAUCUAUUUGUUGAAGAGUUAAAGCCAUGCUGUCUGGCCAGUCCUUUGACAUGACACUCACUGAGAGCUGCUUUACUUUUGCUCUUUGUGCUUGAACGAAGGGUUCGGGAUGUGUUUUUUUUCUCCUUUCUUUGAGCUCAUUUGAGGAGAUAAAUCCUGCGUAAUAAAAUAAAAUGGAGGUGAGCAGACGCCACACCCCAUAUAACCUGUAGUCCUUCACUCUGUACAGUUUUAAAGAUAAUUCUAGUGUUAAGUGCCAUGUAUUUGACAUACAUUUCUGAAGUUAAAACUACCAAGUGACUACGCACAAUUGUUUGUUUUUUUCUUCUUGUUAUGCCAGGGUUGUACAAUUUGUCACGCAGGCACAAUUUAAAACCGUGAAGGAGACAUUUACCGUGUCAGUCUCCUCUCCAAAACGCCUCUUUUUCGGACCACCGUAGCGGUGGGGUUACUAAUUGCUUUGCAUGCAGAUUAGAUAGAAUGAAAUGUUUUAAUUCGUAUUGUUUGACUUUUAUUUGUCACAUGGUUUUAACAGUUCAAACUGCAAUGCUAAUUGUAAUCUCCAGACUUUGGGGAUAUUUUUGGAAGCUAAUUAAAAGAUGAAACGUAAAAGUUCAGCAGUGGGUUUUAUCCGGUGGGGGCUUUUGUUGUUGCUUUGGUGGUCGAGGACCGUUUUAGUGCACUACCUAGUGUGGUUUUGUAUAAUGGGGCUUUAUCUUCAGUCACUUCAAUCCCAAAUACACUCUCAUCAAGAUCCCUGAAUGGGGUGUGCAAACAGUAGCUAUACUUUUUUUUUUUUAACCAUAACAUCUACACAGACAUCCCAGAAUGCUCUGCUCUGAUUUUGAGAUUCAUUCUCUGACAUACCACUCCAGACAGUAUUGUAUUUAGUGGACAAGUCACUCUAAAGUUCAGUGUUUUCUUGUAUAGCGAGCCCUUUUUCCUCUAUAUUGACUGUUUGUUUGACCUUUUUACUGAGGACAGGAUUGCACUUUCCUUAGAUGAGGUGUUCUCAUUUGUAACUGAUAAACGUAAAUGAAGCUGAGAGAUUAAAACAAAUGAAGAGGAGAGAGAUGGGAAAACAGCGGUAAUCGUCGCCCCUCUUAAGAUUGGAAAGGUUAAGUGGGUAUUUGGGUGGCAUCUGUUUUUGUACAACCAUUUUGUG